AUGCGAUUCUCCGUAGCUGGUGUCGUUGCUCUCGUGGCCGCCGCCACAGGCAUGCCGUUGUCGCACAAGCCACAUACGGUUGACAACUCCAACACUCACAGCGACUGGGUUACUAGUUACUCGAACAAGGCCAAUGACCAUGUUACUGUUGACAACUCCAACACCCGCAGUGACUGGGUCACUAGUUACCCAAAAAAGGCUGGCAGCAAUUUUGCCCCUUCGAAAAGUGGUGGCAAGCUUGUUCUGGGGCAUUGGAUCCCACCUGGACCAGCUUACUCAGUAGGCACGACUUUUGAUGCGCAAACGCAAAUGUCUACCGCGAUAGCAAUCUAGACAACAUGUGAAUCAAGCCGCUUUGAAUGAAACUAUGGGUCAUGUCCAUCUAACCAGAUACCUAUCUAGACUUUUACC